AUGUGGUAUUUGGCUGGUUUCGAUGCUGUUGGUCCUGGAGUAAGGAGUAAGAGGGUCAGGCCUGUUCAAUCACCAUCGAUCAGCAGCCUGGCCACUAGGUAA